AUGUCCGCCUUCGCAGCCUCCGAUGAUCCAGACGUCCUGGACUACUCCUACGCAGAGCCCGACCCCACGACCACCACCCCUCCCAUCGGCCCCCCCGAGCAGUCCAUGAGCACGCCCGAAACCACCCACAGUCGCAGCCGCUCCAACAACCCCCUCCUCGGCGGCGACAAUCCACUCGUCUCCGAGCUAGAGCAGGAAGUGCUGGAUGAAUACUCCCGACUACUACGGAAUGUAAACCAGCUCUCCGAGAAAAUUGGCGAUCUCGCCGGCUCCCCGGCCUCAAUGACCCUUGACGGCCUGCGUUUGCUCGAGCGGAAGACUGCUACUGUAUGCACGCUGCUCAAGGCUAGUGUGUAUAGCAUUGUAUUGCAGCAGCAGAUUUGGAACGAGAGUGAGGAGCAGGAGAAGCAACAGCAGCAACAGCAGGGUGAGGAGCAAGAGGGGCAGUUCCAGGAUCAGGAGUAUCAGCACGGUGGGGGUUAUGACAGGGAGGGUGAUGAGACUUUUCAAUGA